CGGGCCAGGAUGCUCUUGGUAUCGCCCUGCGGGGGCAGCAGCAGCAGCAGCAGCAGUUGCAGCAGCCGCCGCCGCCGCCGCGCCAAGGACUAGCCCGUCGCUUCGCUCCUGCCGCAGCCGCGCUACCGCUCGACGUGCCGCCCGAGAGCCAGCCAGCCAGCCAGCAGCGCUGCCUGGCUCCGCUGGCCCCUCCUUUCCCGCCGUCUCUUCCUUUUCCUCCCCUGCCCGUGGCGGCUCCGGGGCGCUGAGCCUCGCCGUCCUCUUUCUCCCCUUCCUCCUGGGUUGCUCCUCGGCGGCUCCCAUGGCGGCCCCGGGGAAUAUCGUGUCCGUUAUGGCGAGUAAGACCAAGACCAAGAAGAAGCACUUCGUGGCCCAGAAAGUCAAGCUCUUCCGGGCCAGCGACCCGCUGCUCAGCGUCCUCAUGUGGGGGGUGAACCAUUCGAUCAAUGAACUGAGCCAUGUUCAAAUCCCUGUUAUGCUGAUGCCAGAUGACUUCAAAGCGUAUUCAAAGAUAAAAGUGGACAAUCACCUUUUUAACAAAGAAAACAUGCCAAGCCAUUUCAAAUUCAAGGAAUAUUGCCCAAUGGUUUUUCGUAAUUUGCGAGAGAGGUUUGGAAUUGAUGAUCAGGACUUUCAGAAUUCUCUGACAAGAAGUUGUCCACUUGCUAAUGAUUCUCCAGCUCGGAGUGGUGCCCGAUUCCACAGCUCUUAUGACAAAAGAUACGUCAUAAAAACUAUAACAAGUGAAGAUGUAGCAGAAAUGCACAAUAUACUGAAGAAAUAUCACCAGUAUAUAGUGGAAUGUCAUGGCAACACACUACUUCCACAAUUUUUGGGCAUGUACCGGCUUACUGUUGAUGGAGUUGAAGUGUAUAUGAUUGUUACAAGAAAUGUAUUCAGCCAUCGUUUAUCUGUUUAUAGAAAAUAUGAUUUAAAGGGCUCAACAGUAGCGAGAGAAGCCAGUGACAAAGAAAAGGCCAAAGAACUGCCAACAUUUAAAGACAAUGACUUCAUCAACGAUGGUCAAAAGAUUUAUAUUGAUGAAGCCAACAAAAAGAUGUUCCUUGAAAAGCUUAAAAAGGAUGUUGAGUUCCUUGCUCAAUUAAAACUCAUGGAUUAUAGCUUGCUUGUUGGAAUUCAUGAUGUUGAAAGAGCAGAGCAAGAGGAAGUGGAAUGUGAAGAGAAUGAUGAAGAUGAAGGAGAAAGUGAUGGGGCUCACCCGGUUGGAACACCUCCAGAUAGCCCAGGAAAUACACUGAACAGUUUGCAGCCUUUAGCUCCAGGAGAAUUUGAUCCAACCAUUGAUGUUUAUGGUAUAAAAUGCCAUGAAAAUGCAGUUAGAAAAGAGGUAUACUUUAUGGCUAUUAUUGACAUUCUUACUCAUUAUGACGCCAAAAAGAAAGCUGCCCAUGCUGCAAAAACUGUGAAACAUGGGGCUGGUGCAGAGAUUUCAACAGUUAAUCCUGAACAGUAUUCAAAGCGAUUCUUGGACUUUAUUGCCAACAUCUUAACGUAACCUAAUGCUCCGUUGGACAGUACAAGGUCUGGAAGCAACAGUGAAUUGCUACAAGUGUGUAAGGGGUCUUUAAGAACGCUUCUUUUAAAAGGAACUCAAGUUCUCUCUUGCAGAAGGCAGCCCCCCACCCCACCCACCCCAUUUACAUCUGCUGGCAAAGAUGACUGACGGGGGUGAAAUAUUCGCUUUUACAGCUGCCUGAUUAUGCCCAGCAUAGUUUUAGCUUUUUCUGACAUGUAUGCGUGUGUGUGAGUGUAUGUGUGUGUGAGUGUGCAAAAUUGAAUAUAAAUUAACUAAUAAUAACUAAAAUACAUCAGCUCCUACUCUGCAUUGCAACAACACCACUCUGGAUACUAGCUGAGAUGGAAUAGAAAAAGAAAUUGUGGGUGAGGGAAGAAAAGACUAUGUGCAUGUUGAGACCUACAAUAUUGGAAUCGAAGUUGUAAACUGUGGAUCAGUUUAUAAUUUGAACUGAUAGAUGCACGAUAGUAUUGGUGGUAAUUAUGACUCUGAUCUUAUUGUGAAUGUUACACUUAACAAUCCUGCAUGUUUGCGCUCCUUAAGAAUAACGACUAUCUGCUGGAAGCUUUUCCUCUUGGCAGUUUUUUUGUUUUUUUUAAAUGUUACUAAGUAAGCCCAUUGCAACAGGAAAUAGUCUUCCAGCAUUUCAGAAGUUUGGCUCUUGUUUUAUCAAGUUCUAAUGCCAUAAUCAUUCUGUGUGUUCUUUGCCAAGGGAAAACCCAUUUUGAGGAUCAGGGUGGGAGGAAUAUAGACUGUUUAAUUGUCUUGUAACAUGAAGAUUUUACAUUGUAUGUUUAUCAUAUAGAAACUGAGUAUAGUACAAAGAAAAUCAAAUACGCUUUUUAGAAAAAUGAAUUGUUGGGGGCAACAAUAGCAUUUCUUUCCCCACAUGAACAAAGAUGUAGGAAGGUUUGUUCACCUGUAAGAGAUCAAAAGAAGACAUUAAAAGCUUACAUGUGCUGUUUUUAAAAUAUUUUAUUAAAAUAUUCUUUUUUAAGCCCUAUAUUUUAUUGUUUACAUUAAUAGGAAAACAGGGAUGCUCUUGAGUCUGUGCAUAGGUUGCGAAUCUGAAGUUUACAUGUAAAGUUACUUUGCAGUACAGAUGAAGUAAUUUCUUGAGAUGUAAAAUGCAGUAAUGUAUCAAAGCAGAUAUUUUAUUCACCCUUGUGAUAGAAUCUCUCUUUUUUUACAACAGUGACAGAUUGUUCUGAAGUAUUUUAAAUGGUAUUUUAAUUAUCAUAAUUUAGCAUUGUCUUUCUCUAAAUUAUAUUGUUUAAAUAAUUGCCUAGAACUGUGCUGUCCCCUGUAAUCUGCUGGUUUUUCUUUUUGGAGUUUUUGGAAAAGGACAGAAUUAGAGAUGCUUAAAAUUAUAUUCUGUACGUAUACACUGUGCAAAAACAAUGUGCCUUUUAAAAUUCUUUAAGUAGACAUUCAUAGGCAAUUUUUUUUAAAAAUGAAAAAAAUCAUGUUCUGCAAUCUAUAACUUUAUUCCUGGAGUGCCAGAUUGCCUUCUCCAUUAAUAUAAUGUCAGUACUGCUACAAAUUCAGUGCAUGUAGGGUUGAUUAGAGAAUUCUGAUAAAAUAACAACUGGUCAUGCCAUCUUAUGUAGUCAAAAGCAAUAUCAUCCCUAUUAAUAUCUGUGUUUUUUAUUAUCUUUUUAAACAUAUCUCAGUAGGUUUUCUUUUUUUCACCAAUAAUAAUGCUUCAAAAGUUGAUAGGUGUUUUUUUUUAAUAACUAAUCCUAUUCUCCCUCCUGACGCCCCUUGUAUUUGGCCCAGAAAAGAGUUGAGGACAUUUCAAAGCUUACAUGGGCCUUCAAGACCAUCCAGCUAUGAGAAUUGUACCUAAAUGAGGGGCUAAUUAGAAAUGGGGAGGACCUAGUAUUAGGUCAUUUAAUGUACAUGGCAAAAGUGUUGAAUUAUCUUGCUGGAAUCUGUAGAGAGGGUGGAAGAGAUUCCUGGCUGAUCCUCUGGAGAACUGUGGUCUGCCAGCGUAGAUAACACUCAGCUACAGGAUUCAUGGUAUAUUUGGGCAUAAAGCAACUUCUUUUGCUUAAAACAUCGACUUAAAUGCUGCUGCCUCAUCUCUUCUUGCUUCUUGGGAUACUUCCCAGCCAGCCAUAUAAACCAUCAGUGACUGCAUGAGGAAAAAGGUGUAAUUUACAUUUGCUUCACACCAGCUAUGUUGUUCUUCCCAUUUGAUAUAAAUGUCUAUAAUUGGUUGAUUAUUUUGUUGCCUGAUGCUGCUGCUGAUUUUUAAUAUAUGUCAGCUGUAGCACAUCUGGAUGGCAUAUGCAUUUCCUUAAUAACUUUAGUUUCAUUCAGUAUUUUAGAAUAGCUACAAAUUCUGUUCUAGGUUUUGAUAAUCCAUUCAGGCAUGUGAUACCCAAAAUCACAUCAGUUUUAGAUAACAUUGCAACGGUUUUUAGGUAGGGUAAAAUGAGGAACUGGUAAAUAAUUAAUUUGAAGCAAGGGAUAUACACAAAUAUUAUUUCCAUAUAUCAUACCUAUUUUGGAAAUCCUUUGAACAUAUUGCUUGGGUUCCAUUUCAUUUUUCAUAACAUUUGAAAAUUUCAUGCCUUUGAAAAUUCUAUUUUUUAUAAAUGAACUCCAAAUUUUCACAGAGGAGAUACUGUUGCUGUUGUAUAGAGCAGGAGUCUCCCAGUUGAUAUAUGGUCACCAAAUGAAGUGGUACCUCUCUUCUCACCUGAAUUUCUACUAAUUCAAUUGGAUAUGUAAUGGUAAUUAUAAGCUUGGGUGGACUGUCACCAUAAAUGCUACCAUUGGUGACUUUUCAGGAUUAUUAAUAAAUUUAACUAAUUUCUAUUGCAUUACAGGUUGUAUCUCACACUUCUGUAAUUCUGCACAAUUCUAGUUUCCUAGCAAGGCUUUUCAAAUAAGCUGCAUGACACUUUGGGGCUUAUAUACCUUGUGCUUCAGGAUAGUUACUUGCUGAGAUGGGCGGCUAUAGAAAUCAAAUAAAUAAAUAAAAUGGGCUAAAGCAAUAGAGGUGUAGAAUGACGAGUGCCCCAACCACUUGUUGCUUUUCGCUGUUCCCUCUUAAAUUAAUAUAUCAACAUAAGAUCUGUCCAUUUCCUUAAGGCUGAAGUGCAAAAAGUAGAGCCAAAAGAAUUGGUUCCUUUUUUAUUUUAUUGCAUUUUUUCCCAGUUUUGCAGUUUCAGGGGCAAACUAGUUCCAAAUUCUGCAAGGUUUAAGGCACCGAUUUCACCCAUGAAAAACUCUGGAUGUCCAAAUGGAUCUUGGCUCCACACGCAUUAGGAGUGUAGCUCUCAACAUGCUGCAUAAAGUGUGGUGCAGCUCUUGGAGAAUAUGGAAGUUACACACUCCUCCCUUAUGGGGAGUUAACAUUAAACAUCUCUUGUUGGUCUCUUUACAAAAUUUCGUGUUUCCAUAUCUUACCAUUUUCUCCCUCUAUGACAAACAUGGUGUGUGUCUCCCAUUUUUCUGUUUUCCUGUUGAUUCUGUUACAUUUUUAAAUAGGCAGGAUAGGUUUUGUGCAAGCAUUCCCACAGAAAAAGAACCUUCAUUCUCCUUUAUUGCUUAUACAGUCAGCUCUUCUCCAGGCCAAUUUCUACCCUGACUAGUUAAUUAUUAUACUUCAUCCCAGUUCUGUAGUUGGAUGUCUACUGACUCUGUUAUGAAAUAAGAUAAAACAAUGUCCUCCAAAAUUAACAAAACUUAAAAUAUGAUUUGUUUUUUAAUAAUAUGAUUUAUUGCUCCUCCUUGGAUACUUGAACCCUUUUGAUAGAUCCUACAAGCUGAUAGCCACAGGUCACGUUCUUUUGUGGAUGCUUAUAUUUUUAGUUUUUGCUACAACUUCCUUCUCUUAUUUAACAUUGGAUACAGUGAUCUAAUGUAUUGCUUUCUUAUUCUACAACAUGGGCAUUUAACCCUUCUUUUUCUAAUUUCUUCCAAGUUUCAGUUGUGUUUUUUAUUCAGAUUGCCAUCUGUAAUGGAAUUCUUAUCCUCUGUCAUAUUGUUAGCACAAGGAAAUGUAGUCUUUUUUCUUCUGCUGUGCUCAGUUUGGUUAACCUAUUCCAGCAAUCCCAUUUUCCUUAAUUGAGCUCUAAUUUCCUAAUUAUUUCUUACAGAUGUUCAGGUAUUAUUGAACGGAUUGACCGUUUAACACUGGGCUGUCCAUCAAGGGAAUUCCAAAAUUGUUAACCCUUUGUUUUGCUAAUUGAGUAUUGUUUCAUUUAAUUUUCAAUCCAGUUUCUUGUUUAAUGAAGUCUCCAUCCUCAAAACAUCAAGAUGGAAUGUCAGAGGGCCUAAUCUGAAAGUGUUUCAUAUUAGGUCCUCUUGAAUACCUCACAGUUGCAGAUCGCAGUAGGACUGCCCCUGAGAUGCUAUUAGCUGGACACUCCCAAAAUAACUGUGCUAAGUGCCUCUUACUUACUGAUACUUUUUCUACUCUCACCUGUAUGUCUUCUGUCCCAAUUCCUUUCUCUUAACUUCAUUAGUUAUAACUGCAGGUCCCUAUUUCAAUUAUUUUUGCUACAAUUCCCAGCAUUUAUUUCUUUUUUACUAAAUCUUGCUGUUCUCUGAAAAAUAAUGUAGCUGUGGAUUGAAUAGAUAGUAGGUCUGCCAUGAUUUGGAAAUACGUAGCAAAAGUGGUUCAGAGAAUGAAAGUAGCAUCAUUCCGUAUCUGCCAUGGGAUCCUGGGAAAAUCCUGCUUUAAAGAGAGGCUGUGUUUGUGCUGCAGCAUGGUUAGGAGCAUUUCUUUGGGAUGUACUCAGAAGCAUUGCACAGCCCUAGUGGGUAGUUUCAGUAUUCCCUUCCUCUGAUUACAUUAACUAGGUGUAUGCAUUAUGCUAAGACAUAAUGUGAUUUGUUCGGCUUUGGUUUAACAUGUUAUAUGAACCCACCUUCAUUGUUUGUGAAGCAUAUUUUAUGGCUUAAUAUUUGGAUGAAUUCAGCCAAUAUGUUAUCCCAUCCUGUACUGACCACUGCAGUUUAAGCCUUGAUCUUGGAACUGAUGCUGGCAACGUCCCUCUAAACUUAGGCUGCAGUCUUCAGUUACAUUAGCAAUGUCUAAUGAGUCAAUAAAUGUGCAGUCAGCUUUCCUACUCUGAAUAUAAUAUGGAAAAAUAUGUGUGUGUUUAAACUCAAGUGUCUUUAUUCUGAUUUAUUAGGAGACAUGACUACCUGUGGCAGAGCAACCAGUUCCAUAUGUGGUGUUCUCUGCAGUUCCUUUUCCUUUGUUUUUGCCUUAAAGGCCCUUUAAUUGCAAGUUAGGUUGGUUCCACAUGUUUCUGUUCCACAAAUUGUCAUGUGCUGGCUUUUUUCCCACAAAUAGGAGCUUUUGCUCACAAUUUGUUCUGUUAAAAGGAGUAAUUUUUGCUGUAGUAACAUACCUUAUAUGGAAACCUAAGCUAACAGUUUUAACACACCACUACUAUCAGACUUAAACAGCACAUUGCAAAUCUCACCAGUCUUUCAUAUUUAGAUGCAGGUUACAAAGGUUACUGGAUUUGGAGUUUAUACUUCCUUGGGACUCUGAUAUAGUCCUUUUAAAAACUUUGUUGACUAAUAUUCAACCAGGAUGGGAAUCCAUAUGUUGGUUUAUGUUCUGUAUAUUAUUAAUUACAUAAUUGUCAGAAAAUUAUAUUUUACCAAAUAGGGGAAAUAUAACAUUCUGACUUGAUUCCAUGUAUUUUUAAGCUUAAUAGACAACUCUAAAAGAAAUCUGAUAGGCCCAAAUUAAAACUUGGGUGAAGUGCUCUAUGGCAGAUCUAACUGAAUGGUGGACCCUAGGAUACCUUCUUUUGGCAACAAUGAAAAUAUGUGAGCCAGGCUUACCAUUAAUUUAACAUUUAGACAAUGUAACAAGAUUAUUAGAAGUCAGGAACGAGAUAUCUUGUGGGUAACAGAAUAUACUAGAAAUAUUACUCUGUACAUUAGGCACACCUAGAUUUUUCUUAUGAGCCAAGUAUGCCUGUUCCUGGAUGUCCAUCUAGUCUCCUAGAAUCCAGAGUGAUUCUAAAUUUUACCACCAUGUGACCUUUCUAGUGAUGUUAAUAGUACUGUAAUGUAUGUGUACAACCCUGUAUUUUUCUGUAUUAAGUUGAUAACUGUGGCUUGGGAUUUUUAUUCCUUCUCUCAUACUGUACAUGCAACACUCAUGAUCUCCAAUGUCAUGUGAAUGUUAUAUUUCUUACCAUGCACAAUGGCUUCUAAGUUUGAUGAGACUACAAGAGUAUUUCUGGGAGACCAUGUUACAUUAAAGAGUAACUAUUCCAUUGUGGCCAAUUAGCAUAUGUGUUUUAAUGAAAUAAGUUCAGCACCCUUUUCUGUCUGUAACUGUCUUGUCAUUUAUUAUCUGUUAAACUGUUUGGAGAGGUGAGGAAGUUUCAAAUUGUAUCACCUAGCUCUAAAAAGACACUCUAGACAUGAGUAAGGCUUUAUAAAAUAAAGCACUUUUGAUUUGCUAGGAAA